AUGGGACGGCGCAUGCCCAGAGUAUACUUGAUCCGCCAUGGCGAGACGGAAUGGUCCCUUAAUGGUCGUCAUACUGGUGUCACCGACCUUCCCCUGACGGCCAACGGCGAGCGGAUGGUUACGGACAUGGGCAACCGCAUCAUUGGCCCCGGCAAGCUUAUUGACCCGGCCCAGGUGCGACACAUCCUCAUCUCUCCGCGCCAGCGGGCGAAGCGCACGGAAGAGCUCAUGUUCGGCGACCACCCGCCUCCCAAGUGCUCAAUUGUCAUUGACCCGGAUGUUGCCGAGUGGGACUACGGCAAGUACGAGGGCAUGUUGACCAAGGAUAUCCGCAAGGAGCACCCGGGCUGGGAGAUCUGGAAGGACGGUGGUCCUCCCGGCGACACCCCUGGCGAGACGCCCGAGCAAAUGACCGCUCGUGUUGACCGCGUGAUUGCUAAGAUCCGCAAAAUUCACGCCGAUGCCGAGGCCAACGCAGACACUCCCGAGGAGGCGGACCACUCCGACGUCAUCAUCUUCUCGCACGGACACUUCACUCGGUCGUUCAUUGCCCGCUGGUGUGACUUCCCCAUUGCCGCCGGUUACCACUUCUCAGCCGAUGCGGGAGGUUUGACCGUUCUGGGCUACCAGCACAACACCCUCAAGGAACCCUCCCUGCUCGGCCUGAACUGGUACACCGAGUACCAGCUGCAGAGCAAGUAG